AUGCUCUCCACCACUGCUGCCCUCAGGGCUGGUGCCCGCCGAGCUGUCUCUCGAUUGCCCGCUGCCGCGCCCAAAAUCACGGCGGCCAGCCGGAGUCACGACCUCCCCCGCGCUUUUAGCAUGUCCUCGAAGGUCCUCUCCAAGCACCCAGACCGAACCCGCGAGAUUAUUGCCCAGACCAUCAAUAGCAUCGGUAGUCGGCGCGAAGGCCAGCAGUACCUCAAGCUGUUCUCGUCCGUUUCCUCACAGCAAUUCGCUGUCGUCAAGGUGGGGGGCGCAUUGCUCCAAGAUAACCUCGAUGAGAUCUGCCAAAGUUUUGCUCUCCUGUUCGAGCUAGGCCUAUACCCUGUGAUUGUCCACGGUGCCGGUCCCCAGCUCAACAAGCUACUUGAAGACGCCGGCGUUGAACCACAGUUCGAGGAGGGUAUCAGAGUUACUGAUGCCAAGACUCUAGGUAUUGCCCGGAAGCUGUUCCUCGAGGAGAACCUCAAGCUGGUCAAGCGCUUGGAUGAGCUUGGCGUGGCCACUCGGUCCCUCCAAGGUGUCUUCCAAGCCGAGUUCCUUGAUAAGGAAAAGUGGCAGUAUGUUGGCAAGGUCACAAAGGUCAACACAGAGGCUAUUCAGCAAUCCAUUGAGGCUGGGUAUAUACCUGUACUUAACUCUAUGGCUGAGUCCGAGGAUGGUCACAUCCUCAACGUUAACGCCGAUGUCGCUGCUGCUGAGCUGGCCCGUGCACUUCGUCCACUGAAAAUAAUUUUCUUAGCUGAGAAGGGUGGAAUCUAUGAUGGGAACGGCUCUAAGAUUAGCCUCAUCAACCUUGAUCAGGAGUUCGAGGAUCUCAUGAAACAGCCUUGGUGCAGAUUUGGAAAGGCAUUGAAGAUAAGGCAGAGCAAGGACCUCCUUGAAACGCUCCCUCGUACGUCCAGCGUUGCCAUUAUUCAUCCAAGCGAUCUACAAAGGGAGCUAUUCACCGACUCGGGUGCUGGCACGCUGAUUCGUAGGGGCACCUCUAUUAAAAGAGCCACCUCUGUCUCCGAUUUUGAGGAUCUUGAGAAGUUGAAAGAGACUCUAUUCCGUCACGAUGAUGCCAAUUCCAAGAUGACUGUCCACCAGUAUCUCGAAUUCCUCAAGGAGAACCCAUUUACUGCAUACUACGACGAUAGUAUGCAAUGUCUCGCAAUUGUGGUAUCCCCCGGCCCUCACUCCCCUGUGGCCAAUCUCUCCAAGCUGGCCAUUGGUCAGGCUGGGUGGUUGACCAACAUCCCUGAGGAUAUCUUCACUGCCAUCAAGAAAGAUUACGAUAACCUUACAUGGACCAUCAGUGAAGAUGAUGACAACUUGAGUUGGUUCUUUGAGAAGGCGGAUGGUACUUAUAACCACAACGGUAAAGUGUUGUUCUACCGUGGCGUUGACGGUCCCAACUCUGAAGCCCUUGUUCCUAUUUUCAAGGAGUUCAUCUCUCAAUGA